UCCUUCGCAACUCGCCUUCGUUGCCCCCACCAUAUUCCGGGGCAAACUUGUCUCAAUGUCAUCGGAUCGGAGGGUGAAUUUCUCAGCCUCAUUCGUGGUGCAGCACGUGUAUAAGCAGCAGGAGAAGGUGCAGACAACAAACUGGGUUCGACUUCAGUUCGACGUGCGCAAGAAUAGCGGCGAAUGCGACAUAUAUCGGGAGCGACUCCGCUCACGCGGUCUGGUGCAAAGGGAUAUGCUGGAGCAGGGCGAACACUACAUCCUGUUCGUUAAGCAGGAACAGCCGGGAAACUUUAGCAUACUGGGACAGCCGCGGCGGGCGACCAAAGCGGUCAUUGAUGCGAUUGAGAUGGUAGUGAACGGAACUACGCAGGUCGCAUCGAUAACCAAUAUAUCAGCCAGCAGUAGUACCGGAACAAUCGGCAAACCGCUAAAUAUAACAUGCAAAGUGGAGGGACGACCCCCGCCCAAGGUAACAUGGUUCAAGGAUGGGAAAUCUUUGGCUCGCAAGCCGGUACAUCGCAAAAUAUACCAAUUCAAGCAUUACAAAAGACGUUCCGUGCUAACAAUAAUCUCCUUCAAUAGUAGCGAUAAGGGCACCUACGAGUGUCGUGCCAAGACCAUAGACCGUAGGAACGACAUCGCUAAGAAGCGCAUAUCAAUCAAUGGGCCUUCAGUCCAACCACGGCCAAAUCCUCCACCUCGUGACGACGGCGUACCUUGUAAGGAGAAUGCCCCUUGCUUAAAUGGCGGCGCCUGUUAUAUGAUCACCAAUAUAAGCAUCUUGUUCUGCAAAUGCCCAGAAGGAUUUACCGGAGAGUAUUGCGGGGAUAAAACCCCAGAACAUAGGUACAACAAUACAAUGAACAACGAAUGUGGCGAUGGAACGUAUUUAGGAACACAAUACUGCUAAAAUAGGCCCUUCUAUAGCAUCGAUUGUUUUAUUUUUAAAUCAAAUACUACGAGUACACACAACAACUGAGCUGACUGUCCAUCUCAUACAUGCACACAUACUUAUCCAAUAAAUCCAACAGAUACUGCAACGAAUAUCAAUAUUAAAUUAUUGCCUGUCCUCAUUCACACACACACAACCCAGACACAACAAACCAAAUAUAGUUUAUAACAAACAACAACAACAAA